AUGCAACUUAGUUCACAGAAUCUACUCAAUUUGCUUAAUUUUCAAAAAGAUUCUGCUGAAGAAGACUACAAUAAAAAAGGAAAACAAGCUCAAGUCCAACACGAUCAAAUUUCCCUUUCUCAACAGUUAACUUAUGAAGAGCUAAAAGCUAAAAGAUCUGAGAUAUUACAAAGCCCCAAUAAUCCAGAAAAAGAAGAAGAUUACAGGAAAACUUGCUCAUUUUUGGAAAGCAAUAAUCUUAUUGCAGAUCCAGAAAUCCAUCAGGCUCACCAAGAAUUUAUAAACACUUAUCAUCAUAUCACAUCUCUUUAUCUCUUUUCUAAUGAUAGUGGCAGAGCUAAAUUGUUUAUUUAUGACACUGAAAGUGAACGUGAAGAAAUAAAGCUACUAGAAAUUCCAGAGCCAUUAGAUUGAGGCAGCUGCGCUGUCCAACUUCCUAAUGGUGAAUUAUUCUGCUAUGGUAAAAAUUAUCCAACUUCUGGGAUUACAUUGAUAAUUGGUACAGACUAUAAAGCUCGACUUCAGCCUUCCGGAGAGUCUUGCCGAUUCUCAUCAGCUAUAUAUUUUAACAGAUCUGUAUAUUGCUUUGGUGGAUGAGACGAAAAUCACAAAUCUUUAAGUCUAUCAGAGAGAUUUGAUUUGGAUGAGAGCAGAUGGAUUAAAUUAGCCCAAAUGCCUCAAAUUGAUUGCUAUUGCCAUAGUAUUAUCUUUAGUGGUAAUAUUUUGAUUUCUGGAUUACUAAACCUCUUUCUCAUUGCAAUUGAGCAAAUAUUUUAUUCCACGUGGAUUUUUUUUUUAAAAUUAAAUUAUAUUUUAAAUUUAAAUUUCUUUUGAUAGCUAUUACUUAUAGAUUAAAAUAUUUAUAUAAAAAUAAGUUUUUAAAUUGUUUAUGGAGGUAUAAGUAAAAAUCUUCUUUUAUAUUCAACUGAUAUUGACUCGUUCUCACAAAUUUCUUAUGACUUUGGAAAGGAUAAAAGAAAGAUAUUGAUAAAUGGAGAGAGAAUAUAUUUGAUUCAGCACAGUGGACAAAUUUAUGAAAGUGAAAUUGGAGAUAUUUAUGAGUGGUAUUUAGUUGGAAAAUCAAUAAUUUAUUUUUAUGCUCAAGUUUAUUGGGUAUAUAAUAAAGGAUGCAUAUACUUUGGGUGCAAUGGUGCUGACAAAAAUUAUUAUAAGUUUAGUUUAGAUAAAACAGUGGUGACUAAGCUCUAG